AUGGCAGUGUAUCUGGAUUUCGAUGACUCGCGUCAGCACCGGCAAAAUGCUGCUGUGGUGGUGUCAGUAAUGGCGCUCGUGAUGCCGCUUCUCGAUGCUGUACAGCAUGAUGGAUCAAUCGACAUGAGUGCGCUCUCUGGUGGGCUGGGUACUACGGUGACGAAGGACGUGGUUGUGACUAGGUGCAAGAAGGUGGCAAAGGUGAUGAAACGCAGGUUUGGCACUCCAACUGUGGAGCAAACAUACUUCACUUUCCUACCACGGCCGAAUUUCGUCAGUCACGAGUACGGCACGAAAUCGUUCAAGGAAGUUACGCGAAAUGAAAAGCGUGCCUUCGUGUUGUUGGUGUUGAUGCACAUGAUGAGAGAAAGUAAGGGGCCAACGCCAAGCAAUCGCGAGCUCAGCUGCGAAGCAGAUAAGUUAGAUAGAUACGCGUAG